CAUUUCUCCGCGUAGCUGUCAAAAAAAGAGCGCUGGUAAGCGACGCCGGUAAUCGUUUACGCGAAAAAGAUUGUUAAUUUUUAUUAAAAUAACACAAAAAAGUGCAAAGUUAUUAGCGCCAACAUGUCUUUUAAAGGCAAUACGAAGGUCCAAAAGGUGAUGGUCCAACCCAUCAAUCUGAUCUUCCGUUACCUACAGAAUCGUUCGCGCGUACAAGUUUGGCUUUAUGAAAACGUUUCGCUGCGUAUCGAGGGACACAUUGUAGGCUUUGAUGAAUACAUGAAUCUAGUGCUGGAUGAUGCCGAGGAAGUGUGGGUGAAGACACGUACACGCAAGAAUCUUGGACGCAUCAUGCUCAAGGGUGAUAAUAUAACAUUGAUACAGAAUGUGAGCCCAUCAAAAGACUAAGCGCAACAACAAAUGUGAGGUUAUGUGCCACUACAACCGAAAGAGCGCGAUUCGCGGGGAAAGUGGCAUUUCCAAAUGUAGGCGACUUGCAGAGCAACUAGACUUUAAUAUUAUGCAUUAAAUUAAACUAAUACCGUAAAUUCAUUACUACAUAUACUUAAACUGUAUGCGAAAUGUGUAUUUUCUAUAAUGCACCAAUAAGAACUCAGGUUGCACAAUGGUGGAUGCAUGGAUUUUGACCACUGAACUAAAAAAUAAGUUAGUUUAUAAACGAAUUGUAAUUGAAUUUAGGUUUUGUUCUAAUUCCAAUGAAUGUGAGAAAAUAAAAGUGAGAUAUGAAAAAAGAAAAUAAAA